AUGCUCAGGGGCCACACGUGCGUCACACACACCUGCACGGACAAGCGCCCCUCCCCCCCGCCCCCGCUCCGGGCCGGCCCUGCCCACCUGGCCCAGGCUUCGGCCUCCUCCCCCAGGCGGACCCCUCUGACGGAGAACACCGGGGCAGGACCAGGGGCCUCUGGAAGCGUCGGGCAGCAGCUGGGCGGACGGGGCGAGGGGCGGCGGCGCCUCAGGGCUGGGAGGGAGCCCGGCGCAGCCCUGCACGCUGUGCGAAGUGGAGCGGCGCUUCCGGUCCAGUGGCGCACGCGCAGUACUUUCUUGCGGCUGCGCGUCUUCCGCUGGGAACUUAGUGCGGUUUACCCAGAGCUGGCCGGUACCCGGCGGGCCAUGGCUGAAUACGCCCACGUGAAGUCCACCAAACUUGUGCUCAAGGGGGCGAAGACACAGCGUAAGAAAAAAAAGAAGAAAGAUAAGAGAAAAAGAGAAGAAGAGGAAGAAACUCAAAUUGAUAUUGUUGGAAUUUGGUGGGCAGUAACAAACUUCGGUGAAAUUUCAGGAACCAUAGCUAUUGAAAUGGAUAGAGGAACCUACAUACAUGCACUUGACAAUGGUCUUUUUACUCUGGGAGCACCACAUAAAGAAGUUGAUGAGGGCCCGAGUCCUCCAGAGCAGUUUACAGCUGUCAAAUUAUCUGAUUCCAGGUAA